UUCAAUUUAGGAUUCGAGCAUUCAAUUUUUUCUAUUUUUUUUGUGAAUUUCAGAAUUAUUCAAACAUUUAUUAUGGGCUAUUCGAUCAAUCAUAUAAAUAUGGCCGAUAAAAUUGAAUCAAUUAAAGAUCUUAAACCACAGAUGAGCAAAAUAAAUUUAAUUGGCAUUGUAAUUGAAGUUGUUACACGUUAUUUGACCAAAGAUAAUCAUGAUAUAAGAUUAUUUCGAAUUGCCGAUCGUACUGGCACGAUAAAUGUAUGUAUUUAUGAUGAACCGGGUACCUAUAUUCAAACGGGUGAUAUUUGUCGUUUAACUCGAUGCUACACAUCCACCCAUAAAGGAUCAUUAACAGUAUAUUUAGGUCGUAAUGGUAAAAUUACUAAAAUAGGUGAAUUUUGUAUGUCGUUUGUUGAAUCACCAAAUAUGAGCGAGCCGGAUCCAUCAUAUCAAAUGGCAGCAAUGAAUUCUUGAAAAAUCUGUGAAUUAUUUUUUUAGAUUUUAAUUAUUAUCAUAAUCAUCAUCAAUAAUUGCAUCAAUUGAAU